GUUCACCGGGUCCUGUCUCGCUUUCGCUCUUCUGUCUAUGGUUACCGGGGGGGGGUAAGUACCGUGGGGGCGCGGAAGCUGCUGGAAGAUUCCCCCGCCAUGUCCCCUCGCUUCCUUGGUGGUCUCCUAUUGCUGCUGUGCAUGCUUGGGGCCGCCAUUGCUGGGAGGGAUUUCUACAAAAUCUUGGGAGUGUCUCGCAGUGCAUCUGUUAAAGAUAUUAAGAAGGCAUACAGAAAAUUAGCUCUGCACCUGCAUCCAGAUCGUAACCCUGAUGAUCCACGUGCACAGGAAAAGUUUCAGGAUCUUGGGGCUGCCUAUGAGGUGCUGUCCUGAGUUGAGGAAGCGAGAAAGCUUCAGUACUCGAUGCAUAUGGAUGGAGAAGGUUUAAAGAAGAGGUCCUUGGGUUCCCAUGGAGAUAUUUUUUCACACUUCUUUGGGGACUUUGGCUUCAUGUUUGGAGGCAGUCCUCGCCAGCAAGACAGAAACAUUCCAAGAGGAAGUGACAUCAUUGUGGAUCUAGAAGUUACACUGGAAGAAGUGUAUUCAGGAAACUUUGUGGAAGUAAUGAGUAACAAACCUGUUGCCAAGACAAGCUUACCGGCAAAGAAAUGCAAUUUACUUACCGGCAAAGAGAUAGGGACAACACGCUUUAAGCUAGGCCCAGGGCGUUUCCAGAUGACCCAAGAAGUCGUCUGUGAUGAGUGUCCCAAUGUUAAGCUGGUGAAUGAAGAGCGGACCCUAGAGGUGGAGAUAGAGCCCGGUGUGAGGGACGGCAUGGAAUAUCCCUUUAUUGGGGAAGGUGAACCACAUGUUGAUGGGGAGCCAGGUGACUUGCGCUUCCGAAUAAAAGUUCUCAAGCAUCCAGUCUUUGAACGAAGAGGGGAUGAUUUAUAUACAAAUGUGACUAUCUCGCUGGUCGAGGCGUUAGUGGGCUUUGAGAUGGAUAUUUCCCAUUUAGAUGGGCAUAAGGUCCACAUUGCCCGAGAUAAAAUCACAAAGCCUGGAGCAAAGCUGUGGAAGAAAGGAGAAGGUCUUCCCAACUUUGACAACAACAACAUUAAAGGCUCUCUAAUAAUAACAUUUGAUGUGGAUUUUCCCAAAGAGCAACUGACUACUGAAGAGAGGGAAGGCCUAAAACAACUGCUAAGACAGGCAUCAGUUCAGAAGGUGUACAAUGGUCUGCAAGGAUAUUAAGACCAGGAGAAAAAUGGACUUUGUUGCAAACAAGUGAAAUCAGUGCUGUAAACUGCAGUCUUUUCUUCUGGUCAUUGUAGAACACGUCUGAGGGAUGGUGAAGCGGCUAUUAAGAUCUCUGUUGGUACAAAUAAUGGGGGCGUAUCUGGGAUAGACCGGAAGAGAUAAAAGAAAAUUCCUGGUUCAGGACACCAUUGGUGCUGCCUAUUGGAGCCGUCAAGCUCCAGAAGUGAAAGGAAUGAGGCAUUUUAACACAAGUACCAAGUUGAACUUCUGGUUUUAAAAUAUAUUUUGAUGUUACUUUUUCUUGCCCCUUUGAAUGACUUUUCAUAAUUAACUUUUGCUUCCCAUCUCCUUCUCGAGCUCGUGUUACAUUUGUUUCAGGCAAUGUCCCUCCUGGGUUCUGUGCUGGUGGUAAUUUGGGUUUUUAAGGCCCAGUUUUGAGGCUGUUAAAAAUGCUUUCUUGAUGUUCUGUUUUUUAUUAUUUAAAAAAUAGCUAGUCUUUGAGUGAUGACUGAGCACUGACA